CGCCCAGACCUCGCCCCAGCUGGCCGCUGGCCCCUGACCGGUCCCCGGGGGCCCGAUCGCGACCACCUGAGAUCGCCGCGCCCACCUGCGCCCGUGUGCCGGCACCAUGGCGGAGCAGGAGAACCUGGAGUUCGGCAAGGCGGACUUCGUGCUGAUGGACACUGUGUCCAUGCCCGAGUUCAUGGCCAACCUCAGACUCAGAUUUGAGAAGGGGCGCAUCUACACGUUCAUUGGCGAAGUCGUUGUUUCUGUGAAUCCUUACAAGUCUCUGAACAUCUAUGGGAGGGACAUAAUCGAGCACUAUCGAGGCCGCGAGCUCUACGAGAGACCCCCUCAUCUUUUUGCUAUCGCUGAUGCUGCUUACAAAGCUAUGAAGAGGCGAUCAAAAGACACCUGUAUCGUGAUAUCAGGGGAAAGUGGAGCUGGUAAAACAGAAGCCAGUAAGUACAUCAUGCAGUACAUUGCGGCCAUCACCAACCCCAGUCAGAGAGCAGAGGUGGAAAGAGUGAAGAAUAUGCUGCUUAAGUCCAACUGUGUUUUGGAAGCUUUUGGAAAUGCCAAAACCAACCGUAAUGACAACUCAAGCAGGUUUGGAAAAUACAUGGAUAUCAACUUUGAUUUCAAAGGAGACCCUAUUGGUGGGCAUAUCAACAACUACUUAUUGGAGAAGUCUCGAGUGAUUGUGCAGCAGCCAGGAGAAAGAAGCUUUCACUCUUUCUAUCAGCUACUCCAAGGAGGGUCAGAGCAGAUACUGCACUCUCUACACCUGCAGAAAUCCCUUUCAUCCUACAACUACAUCCAUGUUGGAGCUCAGCUAAAGUCCUCUAUCAAUGAUGCUGCAGAAUUUAAAGUUGUAGCUGAUGCCAUGAAAGUAAUUGGCUUCAAACCCGAGGAGAUUCAAACAGUAUAUAAAAUUCUGGCUACUAUUCUUCACUUGGGAAAUUUAAAAUUUGUAGUGGACGGUGACACACCUCUCAUCGAGAACACCAAGGUUGUGUCUAUCAUAGCGGAAUUGCUCUCUACUAAGACAGACAUGGUUGAGAAAGCCCUUCUCUACAGGACAGUGGCCACAGGCCGUGACAUCAUCGACAAGCAGCACACAGAACAAGAAGCUUGCUACGGCCGAGAUGCUUUUGCCAAGGCAAUAUAUGAGCGCCUUUUUUGUUGGAUCGUUACUCGCAUUAAUGAUAUCAUUGAGGUCAAGAACUACGACACCACCAUCCAUGGGAAAAACACUGUUAUUGGCGUGUUGGAUAUCUAUGGCUUUGAAAUCUUUGACAACAACAGCUUUGAACAGUUCUGCAUCAAUUACUGCAAUGAGAAACUGCAGCAGCUAUUUAUCCAGCUGGUUCUGAAGCAGGAACAAGAGGAGUACCAGCGGGAGGGCAUCCCGUGGAAGCAUAUUGACUACUUCAACAAUCAGAUCAUUGUGGACCUUGUGGAGCAGCAGCACAAAGGCAUCAUUGCCAUCCUAGAUGACGCUUGCAUGAAUGUCGGCAAAGUCACUGAUGAAAUGUUCCUUGAGGCACUGAACAGUAAAUUGGGCAAACAUGGUCAUUUUUCCAGCCGAAAGGUCUGUGCCUCAGACAAAAUCCUGGAGUUUGAUCGGGAUUUUCGAAUCCGGCAUUAUGCAGGCGAUGUGGUCUAUUCUGUCAUUGGCUUUAUUGACAAAAAUAAAGAUACUUUAUUUCAAGAUUUCAAGCGUCUUAUGUAUAACAGUUCAAAUCCUGUGCUGAAGAAUAUGUGGCCUGAAGGCAAACUGAGCAUUACAGAGGUGACCAAGCGACCUCUGACUGCGGCCACGUUGUUUAAGAAUUCUAUGAUUGCUUUAGUUGACAACCUUGCUUCAAAGGAACCAUAUUAUGUACGUUGCAUCAAACCCAACGACAAGAAAUCCCCUCAGAUAUUCGAUGAUGAGCGCUGCCGGCACCAAGUGGAAUACCUUGGACUGCUGGAAAACGUGAGAGUGCGCCGAGCCGGGUUUGCCUUCCGUCAGGCCUACGAGAAGUUCCUCCACAGGUACAAGAUGAUCUCUGAAUUCACAUGGCCCAACCAUGACCUUCCUUCAGACAAAGAGGCUGUCAAGAAACUGAUAGAAAAAUGUGGUUUUCAGGAUGAUGUGGCUUAUGGGAAGACCAAAAUUUUCAUUCGAACACCCCGUACAUUGUUUACCUUGGAGGAACUCCGUGCCCAGAUGCUCAUACGGAUUGUUCUCUUUCUACAAAAGGUGUGGCGGGGCACCUUGGCCCGCAUGCGGUACAGGAGGACCAAGGCGGCUCUGACAAUAAUCAGGUACUACCGGCGUUACAAAGUCAAGUCCUACAUCCACGAGGUGGCCAAGCGCUUCCAGGGCGUCAAGACCAUGAGAGACUACGGGAAGCACGUGAAGUGGCCGGCCCCUCCUAAAGUUCUGCGCCGAUUUGAGGAAUCCCUCCAGGCCAUUUUUAAUAGAUGGAGAGCAGCCCAGCUCAUCAAGAGCAUACCUGCUUCCGACCUGCCCCAGGUCAGGGCAAAGGUCGCAGCCAUGGAAAUGUUGAAGGGUCAGAGGGCUGACCUUGGGCUCCAGAGGGCCUGGGAGGGCAACUAUCUUGCUUCGAAGCCGGAUACACCUCAGACCUCAGGCACGUUUGUCCCUGUUGCUAAUGAACUGAAACGGAAGGACAAAUACAUGAACAUCCUCUUUUCCUGUCACGUCCGUAAGGUGAAUCGAUUUAGUAAGGUGGAAGACCGAGCCAUUUUUGUCACUGACCGUCACCUGUAUAAAAUGGAUCCCACUAAACAGUACAAGGUGAUGAAGACCAUCCCUCUGUACAAUUUGACUGGUCUGAGCGUCUCCAAUGGAAAGGACCAACUUGUAGUGUUCCAUACAAAAGACAACAAAGACCUCAUUGUGUGCCUCUUCAGCAAGCAGCCCACCCAUGAGAGUCGAAUUGGAGAACUUGUUGGAGUCCUGGCGAAUCAUUUCAAGAGUGAGAAUCGCCACCUUCAAGUGAACGUCACCAAUCCAGUGCAGUGCAGCCUGCAUGGGAAGAAGUGCACCGUCUCCGUGGAGACGCGGCUCAACCAGCCAGAGCCGGACUUCACCAAGAACCGCUCGGGCUUCAUCCUCAGCGUGCCUGGGAACUGACCACUGCAUCACAGAGGCCUGGCCUGGGAGCAGGAGGCUGGGCCUAGGGCGAGGCUGUCCAAGAGGCUUGGCCCCUGAGGCCCUCGAACGCUGGCCCCGCUCAGCCUCCUUCCAGCCCGAUUGCUGCAUCCCCACUAAUGCCACCAGAAAGCAGCUGGCGAGGGCCCAGGCCUGGGGAGGGCCACGCCUGCCUUUCUAAGGCCCUUCCCUGGGAGCUCAUCUUCCCAGCUUUCUACCUUUGGUCUUCAUCUUCUGCUGUCUUGACUUUCCACAGUCCCUGCUCAGAAAACCAAAGACCCCAUACCCUGCUCCAGACCCCUGGGCUGACACCCAGAACACAUCUCACCUCAGAGGCAACUGGAUGGUACCUUUAGUUGGUGAAGCCAUCCCUCAAAUGGCCAGGUCAACCCACUGGGCCUUGAGUCAGUCUAGCUGCUGACCCCUGCAAAGAGAUGGGCUGGGGGAGCCCAGAAUGGAGGAGACCUGGUGGCUGAGCUGAGCUGUAGCCUGUUCUCUCCCCGAGUCCUGCCGGCUGCCUCUCCUCCCCCAAGGUGAUUGCAGUCCUGGAGACCCAGCUCAGAGUGCCUAAGCAGACCCUCCUUCCCCAGCCAGCCAAAGCCAUCAGGUGAGCAGGUUCACCUAUAGACCCCAACAGAGAGUCCCUCCUUCCCAGAGCCUGCCCCUCAGAGACUACCAGUGUCACCAGGAACCAGAAGCCUGGGCCUUCUGACCAACUCUUUGUGGAGACAGUGUGAUGAUGCCCUGAGGAUAUUCUAACUUCCCUACCUACAGCCCGCGUCCAUCUUACACUGAUUUUUGCAGUUUACAGGAUUGUUAAUCAAAUAUGGUCUCUGCUGUGGCCACACUGUGUUGGAAAUGCAGGUGCGGGGUGAGGGGAGCGCUGGUGCUUGGCAGCUCUCCUCUUCUCACUCCUUUUUUCCUACUCACUGGGAGAACUAGGACCAGGGUGGGGUUCUGAGCAUACAGGAACCAUAGGAGGCAGAGCAUCAGGAAUCAAGAGCAUGGGGUCCUGACACUGCAGGCCAGGCCAGGGUCCCCACAUCCCCCUGCAAAGCUGUGCACAUAUCCCCACUGGAGCCCGGGGCCUUGGGCCUCCUGCCAGGAGAAUGCUGCCAUCUUGCCAGUUUCUGUCAGCAAAAUAGCACACGCACUUCAGAGACCCUCCCUCUUCCCCAAGCCUCAGCUGUUAAGGAUACUGAGGCCUUUGGGCAGCCCAGGCCUCUCUUUGGGGAGCCUUAAAAAAAUAACCUUGGAGCAGAUACUCCAUAAUGAAAGGGGGUGAGGGUAUGCCCGUGCCUCAGGAGCAGCUGGUAGGGUAUAAAGUGGGCUGACAAAUUGUCUUCAGCUUCUGCCACAGAUACUUGCCCCUCCUGAUCCUCCCACCCUGACCCAGCGGAACUCACCAAGUGCCUGUGUGCCAGCUCCUGUGUCUUUCCUGGGCCUGAUGCGGUCACCUGGCUAACCCAAGGUGGUCCCACCAUCCUGGACAUCCCACCCCAUCCUCCCACCCCCUUCCCAGGAUUUGCAGAGAUUUGCACUAUGUGCAAUUUGCAACAAAGAAUCCUUUUGGCAUCCUGUCCUUGGGAACACUUUCUCAUUCUCCAACCUGGUCAGCUGCCUGCACAGUGCAGAGGUGCCACUAGCCCAGUUUAGCAACGCUCAUAGUUUUGCCAAUCACCAGUAGACACUAGUUGAACCAUCUAACUGGAACUUCACCUCCCCUUUCCACUUAUCGCCCCAAACUUGUUGCUUUACACUAGACACUGCACAUGUUUUAAACACACCAAAAUAGAUCAUGCCAAAUGAGUUGCCUGUCAAAGGCUGGAUAAAAUGAAGGGCUUGGACUCUUCUUUCCCACCCUUUGAUGUAGCCUGGGGCCCCUCAGCCCAGCACCAGGGCCUUCCUGUUGAGGCCACUGGACGCUGCUGUCCACAAGCACUUUUUUAUAAUGUACUAAAAGAAGUCACAGGGUGUGGCAACCGAAGAAAGAUGAAGACUAUAGGAUAGGACUGACCAUGGGAAUGCAUCAGGCGUGCAAAGGAAGAAGGCAGUGAUUGUAUGCAAUGAAGUGGGUUCUCCUGAUUGACUUAAAUGCAGUUUUAUGGUUUGGUGCAUAUAUUCCUAUUUUCCAUUAAAUUAACUUUAUUUCUAAAGCAUAUUUUGAUUUACAUUAAGAGCAAUAAAGCAUUAAAUCUUAUU